UAGUGCUUGUGAGUGUGUUUGUAUGUGUGUGAGUGAGUGUGGGAGUGAAUAUUAUUUUAAAUCUUUUUUUUUCUCAGUUCCGGUGUGUGUGUACUCGGUGGUUGGGGGCAGGAUGUUGUUUUCUUAGUCUCAUUGUAAUACACAGGCACGAUGGAGGGGCACCUGUUGCUGCUGCUGCUGCUGCUGCUGGUGAUGGCUACCACACUUGUUGCCUUCGACAUUCCCGAGGGAUGUAUGGUUCAGAAGAAUGGGUCUAUCUUCCACGUGAUGUAUGACUCAGUCGAAUUCGAGGCUUACGUUCCGCCUAAGUUCCUUCUACCACCUGACUCCUCCCAAGUACCUGACACCGUAGGAUCUGCCAAAUCGAAACCAGCCAGUUCCAACAACAAGCAGUCUCGACACCUCUUUUCAGCUCUAAUGCAGUGCGACUUGGAUGAUGAUUUUGACUUUCUGUCAGUGAAAAGCAACAGUGUCGAGUUGAAGAGAACACGACGCCACAGUGUAAAUAAAUCAUUCUAUGAGUCUGAGGUGGGUGAAUUAGCAGGAGGAUGGGAACAGUUUAGUCUGGGACUGGUGGGAGAGUACAAACUUACUGACGGACAAGGCAACUCUUGGCUUCCACCCAACAUCACCAUCGACUGCCCCUUGACACACAUGACAGUGCAGGAAGGAAUGUUAACGCGCCAUUGCCUCUCUUGGACACCUACCUGGAAAGUGACUGGCCCUAAGAACAUUGUCUUUCCCUUAAAUGUUUGUAAUCAAGACAGUGAGUCCAGACAGAUAGUCUCACUAUUUUCUAAGGCAAACUUCACCCCAACCUUCAUCACUGGCAGAAGUAAGAUCGUACUUGGAUGGAGAGAUGGAAAUAUGUUAUCAACAGAACACUUGGAUCCCCUCCCUCCUAGCAUGUGGCAUUCUCUGCUCUUCCUGACGAAGAUAAGUGGCUCCAGCAUCAUACUCACGGUGAUGGCAGGUGACGAGAAACUCUAUGAAGACAAACUGGAUGAUUACAACAACUAUUUGCAAGUUCAUGGUCGCGCUGGUGACACAUUCUUCCUGGUACACAAACUAAAGGACAAUGCUACUUACGUUGUCAUGCCUGCCCAAGUGUCCCACCCAGGUUAGUAUAAAAUGAUGCUGCAUAACUCCAUAACCCAAAUAAAGGCUGUUGAUAGGUUGAGAGAAGUGUACAUUAAACCUGCCUGACGAAAAGUUGAAGAUUGAGACACUUAUGCAACAUAUGGGAAUCUUUAUUGAGGAAAAGUUUCGCCACAAAGUG